AGCCGUUUCAUUAAUGGUUGCAGCGCAGUUGCAGUUGCAGUUGCAAGUUGCAAGUUUUUCACAUCGAUUUGCAACUCUCGAAUAAGUGCGUUUCAUUAAUGCGGUUGCAACUUUUAUUAGGUUAAACACAACCUAUUCAUACAAUCGUGACGUCAUUUGCGCGCGCGAGCGUCAGACGAACUAAAAAUAACAUGGCGGCUCGUAGUUCGAAUUGGACCAAAGAAGAAACAGAAAUUCUUGUAGACGGCUAUGUUGCAAAUCGAGAGGUGCUGUUCGGAAAAUUUUCGAGUACGAUUACAAACGAAGAGAAGGAGAAAACGUUUUGUGCCAUUUUAGAAUCUAUUAAUGCUGUGGGAGGCCAUGGGAGGUCCAUUGAAGACCUCAAAAGUAAAUGGAAACAACUUAAGUGCCGGACUGUUGCAAAGGCACGAAAAAACCAUAAAGAAGUACAGAAGACAGGUGGUGGGGAGCCAGUAAAGGGACUCAAUACUGUUCAAGAAAAGGUACUCUCCUGUGUUCCAAAGGUGGUCCUGGAUGGGCUGAAAGGGAAUGACACCGGACCAAUAGUAAAUCCUGAAAAUGACAGAUUUACAGCUUCACAAACUGAUCUCGAGUCACAAGCUGUUGCAGAUGAAGAGGUAGUAUCCAAACCAAAGAAAAAAAAGCAGAAGACCAGUGUUGAAUCAUGCCAAUGCUCUGCAGAACUGCUUGAAAUUCAAAAGAAACUUCUUGAAGAGGCUGUGAGAAGUAAUGCAUUGAAUCAGGAGAGAAACCUCUUCCUUGAAAAAAUUAGUUCCAGUCUUUCAGUUCUUGCUACAAAGCAGUAUUCGGAUAAUUUGAUGUUUGAAUUGUAAGCUUAUAAUGAAUUUUUGCAUGUGUUCUCAAGUAUGUGACAUAAUGUCACACAGUGUGACAUAAUGUCACAUACUAGAGAACACAUGCACAAAAUGCCUUAUUAAGCCUAUAUAUAUGUUAUUUUCUGAUCCAAAUAAAUUAAAUUUCUUCAGCUCUCUCCUGCUUCAAUGCAUUACUGCUUGGAAGAUUAAUUGAUUAUCUAAAUAAUUAAUUAAUUGAUUGGUCAAAUAAAUUAUCAGUUGUGUUAUCCAAUAUUGUGUUGCGAUGUAUUGUUCAUAUCGCCAUGUUUAACAUUUUUAAUAAUGUGUCUUAAGUUAUGUAACUGUACGUGCUUUAAUAAUGUGUCUUAAGUUAUGUAACUGUAUUGGACGUUUAUAAGAAAAAUAUGUUUCGUAAUAACGUGAUUAACAAAAAUAACUGUCUUAAACUCUCAUUAUAUAUGAAAUGUGCAAAGUUUGUUUACUUGAUCAAAUCUUACUAUGUUGUUUGCGUAUUGAUUAUAAAUUUAAAUUGAUUGUAUUUGUAAACUGCACUCUUAUUGUAAACCCAAACGUUGUUAUUUAACAACACAAGCAAAUGAUCCAUAUUUGGGUUUUGUCCUUAACUCUCAUUACAUAAUUUAUGAAAUGUGCAAUGUUUGUCUACUUGAUCAAAUCUUACUCUGUUGUGUGCAUAGUGAUCAUAAAUGUAAUUUAAUAAUAAUUGAAAACUGCACUCUGAUUGUAAAUCCAAACUUUGUUAUUUAACAACACUAGCAAAUGAAACAUAGUGGGGUUUUGUCUUUAACUAUCAUUACAUAAUUAUGAAAUGUGCAAAGUUUGUUUACUUGAUCAAAUCUUACUAUGUUGUGUGCAUAUUGAUCAUAAAUUUGAAUUGAUAAUUUGUGUAAUCUGCACUCUGAUUGAAAAUCCUAAGUUAAAACUUUGUUAUUUAAUAACACUAGCAAAUGAUACAUAAUUGGGUUUUGUCUUUAACUCUCAUUAUGUAUGAAAUGUUUCCAUUUUUUUUUUACUUGAUCAAAUCUGACUAUGUUGUGUGCAUAUUGAUAAUAAAUUUUAAUUGAUUGUUUUGUAAAAUGAUACAUAAUCGGCUUAUCUUGUUUGAACUUGUAACCAUAGAUAAAUUGCUAUGGUCAAUCAAAACCUUUCUUUGUUCAAUACACACUUAUUUUUGUGUUGUACAUAAAGAAUAUUUAAGCCAAGUCGAUGAAGUAAAAAAGGUUGAAGGAUGUAUGAUAUUAAUUUAAAUUGUGUAACGAAUUUAAUGAUAUGGUGAAAACACAUUACAUAUGGUAGAUUAAUAUAUGAAUGUGCAUUACUUAUUAAAUUUUGUAAGUAUAUGUAUUAUGGAAUGAAUAAAAUAAUUUCAACGGGAAAAAAGUUAUGUAACUGUAUGUGCUUAAAUAAUAUGUCUUAGGUUAUGUAACUAUGUGCUUUAAUAAUGUGUCUUUAGUUAUAUUACUGUAUGUUUUUAAUGUGUAUUAAUUUAUGUAACUGU